CGGCAGCGGAGAAAGCGAACCGGAUCAGUGCUUCACUAGUGAAAUCGCUGAUUGAUAAUUUCUUGGAUAAAUCAUUGCGUGAAAAUUAUGGAAAAUAAAAAGUUCGUCGUCUUGUGUACAGUUUCUUUGACGUUUUUGUUGAGUAUAGCUACGGUUUCAGCCUUCGUUGAAGAGCUCGAUGACACGUUUAAAGACACAAGAAUGUCUGAUGAGAUAUGGCUGAUACAAUUCUACGCUCCCUGGUGUACCUAUUGCAAGCAGCUGGACCCAGUGUGGUAUGAAAUCGGGGCUGAGCUGAAAAGUAUGGGGUCUCCAGUCAACGUGGGCAAGGUCGACGCCACAGCCCACACCAAUUUUGCAAAAGAGUUUCGAGUUGGAGGCUAUCCCGCUAUAAAGUUGUUGAAGGAUGACUUGAAAUACAACUACAGAGGUCCUAGAACCAAGGAUGGCAUAAUGGAGUUUGCAGACCGAGUAUCUGGACCUGUGGUGAGAGCACUGCCAAGUCAGCAGUUAUUUCAGAAUGUUAUGAGUAGACAUGACGUUCUCUUUGUCUACGUUGGUGGACCGUCCGACUUGAAGGAGAAGUAUAUAUCUGUGGCCAAGGAACUGAUCGUGCAUACUUACUUCUUCUCUGCUGCAAGGAAUAUUUUACCCAAGGCAGUUAUUCUCCAGGAAUACCCGGCUGUGGCAGUGUUCAAGGAUGGCACUUACUUCCUUUAUGAUGAACAACAUGAUGGGGACCUCGCAUCCUGGAUCAAUAGGGAACGAUUCCUUAAUUACCUCCAGAUUGACAGCUACACUUUGUAUGAAAUGGGAGAUACAAGCAAGCUGGUGGCUCUGGCUAUAGUGGAUGAGAGAAACCCUACUGAGGAGAGCAUCCGUUACAAGACCAUGGUGGAAAGAGUGGCCACUGAAUACAAGGACCUCUAUAACAAAGAAUUCCAGUUUGGUCACAUGGACGGAAACGAGUACAUCAAUGGCCUCAUCAUGGAAGAACUGGCCAUGCCGUCUAUUAUCGUGCUCAACGUGUCUAACGAUGGAUACUUCCUACCGCCCAACAAAGUGGAGACAAAGGAACAGCUGGUGAAGUUCAUCGAUGGAGUGUCCAAGGGCCGGAUUAAAUCCCAGGGAGGGAAUGGAUACUAUCAAUGCUUUAUAAGGAUUGUGUUCAACACCAAAACGACUGUUACAAAUAUAUUUACCAAUGCGCCGCUUUUGGGUGCCUUCCUCGUCGUUGUUUUCGGCGGCGGCGGAAGUGCCAUUUGUUACGGCCUAUGCAUGGCCUGGCGCUCAAUGAGAAACACAGAGGCGAUGAGAGACACAGAGGACGAGGAACCAAUCACUGGGGAGAGGGUGGAGCCAAAGCAGCUCAAAGGUCCUGGGGAAGACAAGAAGACUGAGACUAAAGCGAAGAAUCCGGCAGAGAAGAAGGCCGAUUAAGUAUGAAGUGGGUGGACGGCUGCCACUGCUGACCCUGAAUUACUUUUUGUUCAAUUGAAAUGCCCUCGUGGCCAUGUCUCCCUCAUAAAAUAUGUAUUCUGACCUUAAUAGGACUUCCUGGAUAAAUAAAGGUUAAAUGAAAAAUAAA